AUGGCGGCCUCUGAGAGGGCUGGAGACAAAAGUGAAAGGGCCGUGCCCAAGCCGGGCUGUCCCUUCGCUGACGCUGCCCCACUGCUGCUGAAGGUCCGCGUUGGUCAGAGGGAGCUGAGCCUCCGCGUGUGCAGCGAGCAGCGCUCGUGGGAGGUCUUUGACCCCUCCGGGACAGCGACCAGAGCCUGCUCCUCGUGCGUGCGAGCCGUGGACGGGAAGGCAGCGUGUGGCCAGUGUGAGCGUGCCCUCUGUGGGCGGUGUGUGCACGUCUGCUCCAGUUCCUGGAGCGUGGCCUGGGCCCUGUGUGCCUUUGUGGACUGUGGUGACGUUCACGAGUCGGUGCUCUGUGCCAGCUGCGCCAUGUUCGAGGCCUGAGGGCUGGCC